AUGAAUCGUCUCUUUGGAACCUCUAAAAAGACACCGAAGCCAUCGUUGAACGAUGCUAUUAACGCGACGGACGGCAGAGUUGCUGCGGUCGAGGUUAAGAUAAAGAAACUUGAUGGAGAAUUGGCGAAAUAUAAAGAUCAAAUGAAAAAAAUGAGAGAAGGGCCGGGAAAAAAUGCUGUUAAAAACAAAGCGCUGAGAGUCUUGAAACAAAAAAAAAUGUAUGAGAAUCAACGCGACCAACUUCAGCAACAAUCCUUCAAUAUGGAACAGGCAAAUUUUACGACAGAGAAUUUGCGAAAUGUGGUUUCUACUGUUGAUGCAAUGCAAGUAGCGAAUAAAGAAAUGCAAAAACAAUAUAAGAAAAUUGACAUAAGCAAAAUAGAGAGUGUUCAAGACGAUAUGGAGGAUCUGAUGGAACAAGCUAAUGAAAUACAAGAAACGCUCGGUAGAACAUAUGGACUUCCCGAGGAUAUCGAUGAAGAAGAAUUGGAAGCAGAAUUAGAAGCUUUGGAUGAUGAGUUGAACUUAGAAGAGGAGGAAGAACCGUCAUAUCUACAAGAAACGCCGGAAUUAUUAAAUUCAGGACUGGAGUUGGAAGGAGCUAACCCUUUGACAACGCAAGAACAGGGUUUGUCAGAAGCACCGGUGAAAAAUGUAGCAUAG